AUGACCCAACAAGCAAAUGCCAACCUAGCUGAUAGUCUCCUGUUUCCAUGCCCAGAUGACGGAUGCACCACGUCCUACAUGACAUACGGAUGGCUGGAGCAGCACCUCAUGUACGGUAAACACCAAUUCCGUCAGGCCGAGAGUGUCUCACUUAUGGACCAAGCGAUGGUCAGUUACAAAGAGUGUCUUGAGGCUGGAGGGAGCCAUCCUGAAGUGACGAUACCGGAUACAGAAAUACACAUUGGUUCCCCUUGUCUGCCAGAGGGAUGGGCUUGUCUGGAGUCCAUUCGGGAAACAUGCUAUUGGUUUAAUUCCAAGGAAAAGAGGUACUUAGAGGAAAAGUUUAAACACUGGGAGAGCACGGGGAUUAUAGCAAACCCAGACGACGUCUCGAAGGAGAUGAGAUGUUUGAGAGAUCAGAGCGGGCAGCGAAUCUUCAUGGUAAAGGAGUUCCUACGUCCACAACCAAUCACCUCAUUCUUCUCUACGAUGGCAUGUAAGAGAAGAGAUGCCACCUACUCCAAUGAUGAGGCUGAAGAAUUUGCGAGGGAGCAGGCGGCUGUACAUUUGGAUGUGAUGGAAGUGUUACGGCAGGAAAUCACUCAUCCCUUGCUUUCUCUGACAAAAACCUGUGCUUGAUGACAGAGUCAGAGACUGAAAGCCUCAAGAUCACUCAGAUGCGUUCCAUAGUUAGUCAGUUGUUAACGUUGUUAAUGUUGGAUCUCUAGAAAAGAGAUCUAAUCAGCUAAAAUAUUACUGAAAACAAAAAAAAGAGAAGUCCAAAGACUACCGCAAAGUUGAUUAACAACGUGUACUGUUUUUAUAACAUUUGGGUGAGCCAUACCAGCCUUCUUCAGGUUUACAGAUGUUACUGAAUUUAUGUUGGAAAUUACAAUAUUAUGUAGAUGGAGGAUGUCGCAAAAAAUUGUUUAAAAGGGGGGGGCAGCGGAAAUUACGUACAAUAAUAAAAAGGAAAAGAAAAAGUAAUAAGGAUAUAGGUUAGAAUAAUUCAUCACGGCACUUUAGGCCAUUAGGUCCAAGAGUCAUGGCCUUAUUUAUCAAAUGUGACUCCCUCGCCUUAUGGACUGAGGGUGUGGGGGGGGUUGGUGCUAGGUUACAACAUAGGACAAAAAGGUCCUAUGCUAUUAAGAUUUUUUUGCCGCAUUUAAUUUAAGUCACCACUUAUUUCUAACCCCUCUCCAAAACAAAAACUGUAUAUUAUCUGAUGGUAUGUAAUUUGAAAAAAAAUUGUGGGGUAUUUACCUACAAAUUAAAUGAAAGGGCAUUUGUAAGCAAAGAGAGAGUACUGUGAGAAAGUUCCUGAAAAGUUUGAAAAAAGACUCUUUCAUCAGUAAUGCAACAUCAUGCUUGCAUGGCUCGUUGCGUUUAAAAUGACCAAAACUAGUCAUAAAUCAGACAUACCCCCGGAAAAAAUUAAACUUAGCAGGUUCUGUUAUUUUAUAGUGUCUUUAUUGCCGCAGCUGGAUAUUAUAAAAGUCGUAACCAGUCCUCCUGUCCAUGUCACCCAAAAUAGCAUUUCGUGAAAACUCGAAUUUUCAGCAUUAUUGAGUCGUUCUCCUGUUAACACAAUAUGACUGCCCGCGGAAAUUUUUAUAACAAAAACUGCACUAAUAUAAGUACUUUCAAACAGUAUAAACAGAUUUUUUGCAGUCCAUCUACUUCUAGAGAUAUUUCCAGGGAACUAUGGCAUAGUCCCUGAUUGAACAAGUGUAAGGAAAAAGGAGCCAUCUUUGAACAUACAUUUCCUAGGCAAAAACAUAACUGGUCCCAAUGGAAUAUAUAUUUUUGAUAUCUUUAGAUUCGUGUUAAGUUCUGGAUUAAGUUUCAGAGGCUACAUAGGUUUUGGAAAUUUUUAACCGAUUUUUCAAAUUGUGCCUUUUUUUGGUUUUCACAGCCAUUAAUGUCCGCUCAAAGUGAACACGUCCCAAAAUAACAAUUUUGAGUUUCGAAGAAAACGUAUUGUCAUUCAAUCAGGCAUGUCAAAGGCUUUAUUCUGACAAAAAUAAUUUCAAAAGUUGUGAUUUUUGGCCUGAUUUCCAACUUUGCUCGAUCCUUACAGGCAGCGCUACCUAAUGCCUGCAUAAUGGCAACUUCAGUAAAUGAUUCAGAAAAUUCUGCAUCACAUCGCAAGUGCUUUUUCAUUUGCCCAUAAAAGAAAAGUCGCAUAGGUUUAAAUGGGUUGAAUACGGAGGCUGAAAGAUAAGUUGCGCCCCAGCAUCUUCCAAAACAUCUCUUACGACACUCUCAGUCACUCUUCCAUGGUGAAAGCCACAGUUGUCCAUUACUACUACGUCAUCAGGCAUGAGGAUUGGCGAACCUAAUGCGUCUUCAGUUUCCAAGACAUAUUCAAAGAAACUCACCAGCUCGUCGCCAUUGGAUGGGCCUAUCAGUAUGUUAUGAUAAUCGAUUCCACGAACACUUGCAAAAGGUUUACCGUAUAGUUCACGUUAGAUGCAUAGUGCUACACUUCUAUUGCACGUUGCCCAACAAAACUGUUACCAUAUUGACGAUUUACGGUAGUUUUUACCAUUGAUGAUUCAUCGAAGAGUUGAAGUUUGCAUGGAACAAUUCUUGAGGUAAGUUCGAGAUACUCACUGCAGUUCUCGAGAUUAACAUCACUUUGGCUCUCUCUGGAUGUGACGCUAAGUUUUUUGUAUGACAUGCGGAGCUUGUUCUUUAUUCCCUUGUUUACAGUCGAUAAAGCCAGUACGUUUCCCUCGCUGCACACGCCAUCAUUCAACAACCUCUCGCGUCUUUCCCUUCCAAACAUGCUAGGUUUCAUCAAUUUGAACAAUUCUAUGGAUUCUAAAACGUUUUCUGAAAGUUAAGAAGGAUUUCUUCAUCCUCCUUGACUAAAUGGAGAAUAUGUGCCGUACGUUUGAUGAUGACGAAUGAUGCGACACAGAAACACAAACUGCUCAUGAGAUUACCCUCAGUCCCUCUCAGGUCAAAUACAAAUCAACUCUCCAUCUUCUGAUUUCCGUAUGGAGAGGUUUACCUGGCCUGAACUCUCGUCCUAAAGCGUUAUAAUCAAUGGGUCUGAACAUUGUGAAAGUCUGUUAAAUCCUCGAAUCUUUCUUCGGAUUUUAAAAUUUCGUUUCGAAUUUCCCAGAUCACACCACAAUGCCCAAAUAUGGUAAACAAAACUUGAAACGUUGCCUAUAUAGUUGGAAUUUACUGGUCACGCGUGACGGAACAUCGUUGUAAGAAUCCUUCUGUGGGAGUCUACACUCUGUUUCACUAAGUGUUUUCUUUAUGAGUUGGUGAGGCUUGUAAGAAAGAAUUCUUCGUUGGACAAGUGAUUAAAUCUUAAGUGCUUUUAAACAACAUAUGUGAUAUUUCCAGUUUAUUGUGUUACAAGGGGCUACAAAAGAUGCGAAUAAUUAGCUGCGUCCAGACGUCUCCUAAUUAGAAAUAUUUAUUCUAUAAAUUGUUUCCUCAGGUUAGACGAAGAAAUUCGGCUAUGCAUGAUGCUGAGUACGAGGCUCUGUAUGGUGUACUUAAUGAUGAGAGAACAUUUAAGGAAUGGCCCAAAAAACAACAGUGGUUUAAGGCAGAGAGUGUACAAGAAAUGGAAAAGUGGUCAAUAUCAGUUGUGUGAUGUUCACAAUCCCAUGGUGGGAAGUAAAGUUUUGCCCAUUGUGCACACCGUAACAAAUUGUAUUGUCAUGAGAAAAUCAGAUCUGUCGUCCAUCGUUAAAGGUUUCGAUGAUGAAAGUAAAGGUGAUGGAGCACAUAAGCUGGUAAACCAGGGCAUAUAUGCAGCGGUGUAUCCUGUAAACAAAUGCAGAAAAACUCAAAUGCCAUGAAAGAACCUAAGAAAAUACGCCCACUCUUUCAAAACAAGGCUCCUCUUCGGCCUAUAAAAGCAACCAAAGUGCUAGUACGCCACCAAGUAGACCUUGUUAAUAAGAUGAGCAUGCCAGUUACAGUCGAUGAAGUUACCUACAAAUAUGUAAUGUCUGUAAUAGGCAUCUUCAGCAGGUUUGUUUUCCUGCGACCUCUUAAAUCUAAAGAAUCUGCUGAGGUGGCAGAAAAUCUUUUUAACUAUCUAUAAUGAACAUGGACCACCUUCAAAGUGACCAAGGCACUGAAUUUAAAGGCGUUGAGAAGACUCUUUGUGAAACUCUAAAAGUACCAAUCAUCAAAACGUCAGCACACAGCCCUCAAACAGAAGAAACAGAUGAACGCUUACACCGAACAUGGAAAGAAAAGAUAAAGUUUGACUUGCUUAACUGCGAUUAGGAAUUAAAUUGGGUAGAAAGCCUGGCAGUCUAUCAGCAAUUAUACGAUGAGUCCCCUCAUAGCUCCUUAGGGAUGGAAACACCCUUUGAAAUAUAUUAUGGCCGGGAGCCCAACAGAGUUAAGUUUAGACUUACACUUGCAGAAAGGAAACACUUAGAAGUCCCCAAGGAAGACGAACCUAAUCUUCAGGAAUUCUCACCGGUAAAGAAAAGUAAAUUACAAGAAUGUCUGUCAAGGGCAAAAGGAUGACUUUAAAGGGCACUUGCGAAGGACUCAUUUUAAAGGCGGAUCAUGA